AGCAGCAGAUGAGGCACACCUGCCUCCGCUCAGCUCAUCAGUCUGCCCACAUGAGGCUGGUCUUCCCUCCGCUGCUCUGCCAGAUUAUUCGCUCACCGUGGAGGAAUGCCAGAAAAAUGUUUUCUUCAAGAAUUAAUCGUAACAGGAGUCAAGCCCAGACAUGCCCGACUCUGUAUCCAGUGAACCCGGUUCCAAGGUUUCGGAUCCACAGCACUCCCAGAAGCUCCUCAGGGUCCUUCGCACCUUCUGGCAGGAGCAAAGUUUCCACGAUGCGCUGCUGGUGGUUGAUGGAGAGGAGCUUCCUGUCCAGAAAAACAUCCUGGCUGCUGCCAGCCCGUAUAUCAGGACCAAGCUGAACUACAACCCUCCAAAGGAAGACGGGUCCACAUACAGAAUCGACCUGCAGGGGGUCUCCAUGCCCAUCAUGAAACAGAUCCUGGACUACAUCUUCAGCGGUGAAAUCACUUUGAGUGAAGAGACCAUCCAGGACAUGGUGCAGGCGUCAGACCUGCUCCUCAUGACCGACCUCAAGUCCCUGUGCUGCCAGUUCUUAGAGAGCUGCAUCACUGCAGAGAACUGCCUCGGCAUCCGGCUCUUCUCCCUGCACUACUGCCUCUACCACGUCCACCACGCCGCCACCGAGUUCCUGCAGACACAUUUUGGCGACGUUGCGCGCACCGAGGAGUUCAGAGAGCUUCCCCCGGACCGGCUCUGUGAGGUGCUGGCCAUGGAGAAGCUGAAUGUGGGCAAUGAGAAGCAUAUCCUGGAGGCCGUGGUGCGAUGGUUGGCGCAUGACGCAGAGGACCGUAAGGUCCACAUGAAAGAAGUGAUGUCUGCUGUGUGGGUGCAGGGCCUGGACUUGAGCUACCUGAGAGAGCAGGCCAUGGGAGAGCCUCUGAUGAGGGAGGUGAUCAGAGAGUACUGUCAGCAGGUGCUCACGGCCGGUCAGCUGCACGGAGAAGCUCUGCUCGCCGCCUUCAAACCCAGAGGUUACUCAGAGUGCAUCGUCAUUGCUGGUGGAGAAGAUCGCAAAACCAAGAAGCUGACUGCUGCGACGCGCUGCAUGUGUCCGCUCUACGACACCAACAGACAGUCCUGGAUCGAUCUGCAGCCAAUGAGCGUCGCCCGCCUCGGCCAUGGGGUGGUCGCUGCCGAGGGUUUUCUGUUCAUCAUGGGCGGAGUAGAUGAACACAACACAGUUCUCGACAGCGGAGAGAAAUAUGACCCAGACUCCAACACCUGGAGCCCCAUACCCCCGAUGCUGCAGGCUCGUCAGAGCUUUGGUGUGGUGGAGCUGGACGGUCUGAUCUACGUUCUCGGAGGAGAGAACAAAGAAACGGAGCUGAUCACUGUUGAAGUGUUUGACCCUCACUUCAAUACCUGGAAAAUGCAGACCAGUAUGACCAUGAUCCGCAAGGUUGGCUGCUACGCCUCCAUGAAUAAGAAGAUCUACGCCAUGGGUGGGGGCUCCUACGGGAAGCUAUUUGACUCCGUUGAAUGCUAUGACCCUAAGACCCUGCAGUGGACGGGCCUCUGUCCUCUGAAAGAGAGGAGGUUUGGGUCGGUGGCGUGUGGGGUCGGCCAGGAGCUCUACGUGUUUGGCGGAGUUAGAAGCAAGGAGAACGACAAUCCUGAGCAAAGACAGAUGACGACCUGCAAGUCUGAGUUCUACCAUGAUGAGAUGAGGAGGUGGAUGCUCCUUGACGACCAGACGCUGUGUAUCCAGACCAGCUCUUCCUUCAUUUACGGAGCUGUUCCCAUCGGAGCCAGCAUCUAUGUCGUGGGCGACCUUGAUACAGGAACAAGCUUUGACUACAUUCGGGAGUUUCGCCGCAGCACCGGGACGUGGCAUCGCACCAAGCCCAUGCUACCCACCGACCUUUCCAAAACAGCCUGCGCCGCACUGCGUAUCGCCAACUGUCGACUGUUUCGCCUUCAGCUGAGUCAAGGCAUGUUCCGAAUCCGAAUCUGACUUCAGGACAGCAGCCUUGUGUCGACUUCACUCCACUUUUGCACACUGGUACUCUCUACCUGCUGUAAGUCUGGGUUUAGGGAUUUUAUGAACACUAAAUUAUUAUAGUCGCUAGAUGUUGAGGAUUGGAACUCUUUGUUGAGGAGUUUAUGCUCGACUGAGACUUGACGGGACAAAUGCUCAUCUUUUUUUAUUACAUUUUUUAAUAUUUUUUUUAACAUGGGGUUUGAUCAGUUUUGGCUUUUUACGUUACUGGACAUUCCUGGUUUGUAAUGUUUACUGAUGAUCUGUUGCUUUGUGAGGGAUCUAAACUGUAAGUAACAUGUUACAUGAGGAAUCAUGAUUAACAUUUUAAAUGCACUGCUGUGUUGCAAUCUGUAUUUUAGGAGGGAUUAUCUUUCUGGCCAAUCACAGACAAGGUGAUCAUUUGUAAAGAUUUUUGGAACAGCUGCAGUGGAGGCUGAGUGUUACACAUUUUUUGGUUUUAUAAGUCUUCAGCGGGAAGUGAGAUUUUGGUGUCGGUCAGAGAGCUGCGGGACCUUCUGUGUUAUAGCAAUGAUCUUAUGGGUUCAGCUUAUGUCACACUGUGCAAGCUGGCUCUAAUAAAAUCAUCACAGCACCAAAUUUGAGGCUUAUUAGACUUUCAAACUGUAGUGUGCAAUAUAAAAAUAGAAAAAAAAAGCAAGCAGUGAAACGUCAUCAAAUCAUAAUAUCCGUCUGUACCACUUUGUAGUUGUAAGGAAGCAAAACAAAGAAUGUUUUGUGGCCAUAGCGCAGGCCCUGUCUUUGUCUUUAUUUGUAGUGUUAUUUUAAAGCGGACUAAAUUGCAUCGGUAAGCGUGUUCAGCGUUACUUCACACGCUGAUUGGAGGGUUUUUAGAUGUAGGUCAGUUACUUGUGAGAAGGUAGUGGUACCCUGGGAACAGACGACCUAAAGCACACCGAGCAUCGCCAGCAAAACCAUUGCUUCCUUUCGCUGCAGCACAUCUGUAAAGCGCUCCUCUCUUGCUCCUGCACGAUGUAUUUAUCUGGCAGUUUUUGGGCGCGUAUAAAAGUCCAAAUAUUUCCAACUUUUCGCACUGUUCAUUAGGGUCGCACAUAGCCCUGCCUCACAGAUGCUCACGGCUGUUUUUCAGAUGCACUUCCAACGUGUUUCUGGAGCAGUCGCACCUGGCAAGAUCCAUCUUAUUGGUACCAACUGUAGCCGUUUUUACAGAGUUUGCACUAUAGAGCUGCUACAAAGUCUCCUCUUUAUGUCUCCUUUGCAUUUUUCACACAGGACCAAACAAUAGCGGCAUCAUCCUGCUCCAGUGUGUGAUUAUAGUCAGCAGCUUCUGCCUCUAGUGUGACGUAUAACGUACAUGUCUGCAGUGCUUUAUAAAUGAUAACAAUGGAGUAACAUGUCAGUAACAGCCAUUUAUAAUCCCUGUUACACAGCAGCUUUAAAUGUAGUCCUUCAAAGUAAAUUUGUACAUUUGUCUUUUUAUUUGAAGAACAGUGAAUCACCCAACACAUGUACAUACAAAUACACAACUGUAACUGUACCAGUAUUAGUCUUAGUAUUACAUCAAUAAUUGUGUAAAAUAAGAAACCAAAGUAUAUCAGUAUGUGACCCAUAACUCCACAUAUUGGCAUGUUGUCAACACGUCUAAAUACUUCAACAUAAUCAAAUUCCUGAAUUUCAGUUAUGGCUUUUGGUUUUGAUGAGACAUCCUCAGAUAUUUAGUGGCUUCAUCUGGUCACCUUUAUUAAAAAUUUCUGAGGAGCAUACACAAAACCCUCUAUUGGCUUUAAGAAAUAUGUCUGUUGUCCAACAAAAGCAAAGGGGAAUGUAACAGGAGGUUUUAAUAGAGCCGUAAAGUCCGCAAAGGAGGGAGGACGUUGAGUUGAAUUGAUUGGUCAAUAAAUGUUUGACUUUAA